UUGCAUCAUUGUGUUUCUUUCAGUAAUACAUAAACAUUUCUUUGUUGUGUUAAUUUCUUAAUAUUACGCGUUUAAAAAAUACAAUACUGAAUAUUUUGAAAACAUCUUUUUACAUUAUCAAAAAAAAGAAGAAAAGAAACUUGCAAAUAUUUUUAAAAAAUUCCAUUGUCGAGCACGUACAAUGUCGUGGUUUAACGUGUGGGAUGGCUUAAAAAACAAAACAUGUCGAUAUUUAUUACAGCGAUAUUUGGGCCAGUUUUUAGAUGAGCAGUUAAAUUUGGAGCAAUUGAAAAUAGAAUUAUUUGAUGGAAAAGCCACUGUCAACCAUGUGUUAUUAAGAGUUGAAGCUUUGAACGAACUUCUUGAAACUCAAGGAUGGCCUUUUGAAUUUACAAGCGGUUAUAUAGGGCGUUUAACAGUAUCAGUGCCUUGGAAUACUUUAAUGACAAGUGACAGUUCCAUAGAGGCUGAUAACGUAACGUUGUGUUUUCGCCCAGUAAAACGCAGUAAAACGCAUGAUGGAACCUCCAUGCUUGAAUCAAUGUGGUCUUCUGUUAGCAGCUCUUUGCAGUUAGCUGAAGAAUGUAUGCGACAAAAUGAAGACGAUUUUGAUUGUUCAAUACCAAAUAGCAUAAUUGGUUUGGAAAAAUUUGCGGAAACUAUUGACAAUGUUUUAAAUCGUAUCACCGCUAACAUCAGUAAUAUUACGGUUAUAAUAGAAUAUCCCUUGAUACACAGAUCUAGAAGUUCGUCUUUUCAUAUUCACCUUGAAAAAUUAAAUUAUAAAAAUGAAACUGGAAGUGAGCAAGUUCCUGCAUCCGAAACCUAUACUGCUUCAAAGGAAGCAAUAAACUUAUUGCUAACGUAUGCUAAACAUAAUAUAACCAUAAGCGGCAUACAAAUAUUUACUGAAGAAUUCAAAAUUUUCAAUCUUAAUCCAAGAACGGCUUAUAGAAGAAAUGAAAACAUAAAAAGCGAAAAACUGCCUGUAUUGCAAAUUAAAGGGCAACAAAAUAUUUUAAUGAGGGUUAAACAAGCCGAAGAAAUAAACGGACCGAAGAUUAGUUUCGAUAUUGAAUUGGGCUCAAUUUUUAUUUUCGCUUCGCCACGCCAAAUUCAUUUGGUUAUAAGUUUUUUUGAAGCAUUUAAUAAAGAUGAUUUCCCAGAACGAAAACGUUCAAAAAUAGAAUAUUCAAAAUGUCUAAAUGAUGCAAAUUUCGAAUUCAACCGUUAUAAAUCGAGAAUGGCCGGCCUACUCAACGAUCAUAACAAUUGGAGCGACGCCAAGAGCGGGGAUAAUGUCGUAAAUUCUGUGGAGACAAAUUGUAUUAGCACCGAUAGCUACUGCGGAACAGAAACCUACUGCGGGUCUGUAAGUUCCAGCAGUGUUGACACAAGGGCAACUAAAUGCCGUCAAAAAUUUGCUAAUAACGAAUCUUGCGUUGAAAUAUCUAACUUUGCGAUAAAAAUAACAGAGUUUGUCGGAAUAAUAUUGCAAGAAGAAAUACUGCUAGUCUCUGAUCUGCUCAAUAGCGAUUUAAUAUGGAAAGAAGAGAGUUUCGCUAACUUUUUAGCUACUUCAAAUUUGUUUUUUUCGAAGGCUGCAAAGAAUCCAUUCGAUAGUAAUAAUAGCGAUAAUUUUUGUAAAAGAAAUCACGUAUUGUUGCGGAUGCAUCCUAUAUUUGCUGAGGGCAAAGAGCAGAGGAAUAAGAAUAUGUUACAACUGAAUUCAACGAUUUCAGCAACAUCAAUGCAGUUAUGCGAGAUCUUGCAAGGAGAAGUUAUACAUUUAAUUAACUUCAAUAGAAAGGAGUUGAAUUUAUCUGAAAGUAACUUACGCUGUAAACAGUCAGCAAUUUAUGUAAAUUUUACUAAUACUAACCAUAUACAUCAGUCUGAAAACUCAUCUGCUAGCAUAAAUAUUACGUUAGAACAGAGUAUUCUGGAAUUUGAUGUAUCCCUAUAUGAUCGAUUGAGUGCAUUAUUUGGAUCGUCUCCUUUUGGUUCGUCAUGUGAAAAUAACCCCAGUAAAACAUCGAACAGCCAAGUUAAUGUUUUUUGCAGUGAUCUUCAUAUUAAAGUACGGUUUCCUAUAAUGCAUGCGAGUGCUUUGAAUAAGCCUGACAAUGCACGUUGGUGUGAGCGAAACAUCAGAGAAGAUCUUAUAUUAAUGAAGUUGACAAAUGUUAAAUGCACUGCCGAAAAGCGUAGGUACAGCUUUAAUUUUCGUGAAAUGGCAGCAUUCUAUUGUGAAAAAUCUGAUGGAACUAAAACUGAAUUCUUAAGGUGUCGACAAAAGCCAAACGCUUCAGAACAAUCCUGCCAAAAUGUACAGGUGUUAUUUCAGCUAGCUGGAGAAGCGGAUCUGGUUGGUAGUGAGCAAGAUUCAAGAGUUUCACCAAAACCUUACAGUUCAAAAAAAAUUUGCCGACAAACCAACGCUGCCAUAAAUGCGAAAAUAGAUCAUGACGAACAUGACACAAUAUUAUUUCCUGGAGAGACGCAUGAAAUAAAUGCGUUUUGUAAAGCGAAUAUUACAACGUGUAAACUAAAAAUAAUUAUAAACGUUCCUGUCGUGGAUUUAUUUCUUGAGUCAAAGCAGUUGUAUGAGGUCAUAUAUAAUCGUCUAAAUUGUGAUCUCUUUAUGUGGGAGCCUUGUUCACCGUAUCUUUUCAAUUCUACGAGAGGAGGAGACGAAAGAACACAAAAUGUAUUUAAUGGAGACCUUUGGGAUUCUGUGUAUGUGUCCGCCGUUUCUCAAGACACUAGAAUUUAUAGCGAUGACCAAAAAGACUGCCACCAAGCCCAUAAAAGCAUUGAAGAUAUAGAUGUGAAUUACUUAGAACAGUCUGAAACUAGCGAAAAUUAUGAAAAAUCGAGUUGUAGUGAUGAUGAGUGUUCUCCAAAAAACAGUGGAACCCUUAAGGCGGUGAUUCCCAGCAAUUGCUGUGUCGAAUUAAAUGUGAUCGAAGUAUCCAUUGCGUUUUAUGUUCCCGUUCGAAAUACAGAGAAUCACAUCUUACCAGAGGUUUCGGGCAAAUUUUUAUUUAUUAUGGACAAAGCGAAACUAUUCUUUGUUAAUGGUUACCAAAGCAAUAAUAAUUUAGCAUAUUUAUGUCUACAAGUUUCAGAAGCCCAAAUGUAUCACUGCGGAAUAGUUCCAAUGAAUCUGCCUUUAAACACAGUAUCCUUAGAUGAGUUUAUGCAAGCGACUUUUUAUAAAGUGCCUGAGGGGCUUACGAAAAGUACAAGUUCAAACGACGAUGACAGAGAAAUGGUUUCAGUUGUGUUUGAAAUUAAAAAGAUCCCUGCACGAAAAUUAAAGAGAUUAAAAAUUACGACAGGGCUAAAGAGGACAACAUUGCGAUAUAUUCCCUCACUCCCCAUGCAUUCAUGGCUUACACAGUUAUUAGACUUCUUGGAUGUUGCUGAUUAUCCAAUUGAAGGAUAUCAACCCUUUAAUAUUAUAACAGAAAUGCAAUUGCAUCUUUGGGAUUGCGCUAUUGACUUCCGACCUCCAAAUUUUUCGUAUCGAGCAGUAGUUGAAGUUGUAUAUUUCUCAGUAAGCAGUAACAUUAUAUCUUCUGUGAUGGGCUGCAAUUUGCGAUUUAUUUUAGAAGAAGGCCUUUUAUCUAUAGCUCCUUACGACGACGCUAGCUGUAACCAUCCUAACUAUAAAAUAACAUUCAUCCAGUGUAAUGAUCUGGUUCCCGUCUUGGAUGUUGGAUUAACUGACAUAUCGUUGCGGCUUAACGAGCGGGCGUCAGGAAAAUAUCCAAAAUUGGACUUGAGAUGCUCGAUAUAUGAUUUUCAUUUAAGAACGUGCUAUGAUUCGGGCAGCGCUUUAGCACAAUUAAUUAGUCAUAUCGUUAGCGAUCCCACAAACCAUAAUCUUGAUGAAAGUUCCGAAACUGUUUCAAUAUCGGAAAACAUUGAAACUACAUUAAUAUCAAAUUAUAAAGUAACUAAAACAGAUGAGCUUUUUGAAAAGCAACAGGAGCGUAUCAAUAAACUUAUGGCACAAGCCCUUCAAGAGGCAGCAACCGGGCACAAAAUCAUUAAGUCAACUGAAGUGACUGAUCAAUUUACAGAUUCAAAAAAUGUUUUUUACUUUCCUGGUGAAACUAAUGAAUCGGAACAGCAAAAGCCUGACUGUAGUGGAAUAUUCCAGCAUGAAUUUUACGAUAUUAUUAAUUUCGAAUCAAAAGUGCUGAAUUCUUCCUACUAUACUCCAGAAGGGGAAAGUGAGCAAUUGCCUCAAGUUACUGCAGACUUUGGUGAAGUGAAAAUAUCGAGGCAUGAGCAAUCUUGCGGUUCUGAGGACGACUAUUGUGUCAUUAAAAGCGAGGAAAAAGAAGAAAUGGUCAAUUAUGAAAAUUUGAAAAUAUUAAGUGAACCCCUAGAAAUUGUUGAUAACCAUUUUUAUAUACCAACAACAAGUAGUGAUCUAUUAAAAUCGCCUGACAAUUUCCCUACGGCUGAAUAUCGCUACACUUUGUGUGAAAUGACGUUUACCUGGCAUCUAUAUGGAGGACACGAUUUUUCGCAAGGUUCAUCAAAUAAUGACCCGAAUAUGGACCCGAAUAAAUCAGGAAUGUCUGAAGAUUACAGUCAGGGAGUUUCGUAUUCUAAAGUUAAAUGCGAAAAGAAGCCUAAAGAAAAAAUUACAUGGAAAUCUGUUGGCGGAAGGAACCGUAAUCAUGAAGUGCUUGUGGAGAUUGAACUGUCGAAAGUUCGUUUUUCCCGUGAUGUGUAUCCAUUGCAAUCAACGCACGCAUCCCGUCACGUAAUUCUGAUAAAUGAAAUAGAGAUAAGAGAUCGUCUACAAAGCUCGGAUAUCAAUAAAUUUUUAUAUAACCCAAAUUUGAAUAACUUAUCAAAUAAGAGCAAAAGAUACAUGGUGCUUAUAAAGGCUCUUUUUAUUAGACCAACUCCAAAAUUGGAUGAUGCCCAGGAAUGUUCUUUGCGUAUAUCUCUUUCUCCAAUGAGACUUCAUAUUGAUCAAGACACCUUAGAAUUUCUCUCCGAUUUUUUCUAUAACUUCGGAAAGAGUUGUGAUAUCGAAGAAUUAAAACUAAGCGAAUCUAAAAGUAAAAAUAUCAAAUCAUCCCAAAAGAUGCAACCUCCAGUUAUGUUGAUUAAUGACGCAGAAGAAUUUUCAGAGUCUGUAGCCGAUUUGAGGGCAGAGCAAGUAGUGAAUGAAAAUAUUUUACAGCUCAUCGAAAAUAAUAGUGACGACAAAACGCCAAACUAUUCUCUAAUCGCUCCAAUAUUUUUUCGAGAAGUUAUAUUUAGCCCAGAGGUAUCAAUAUGCUUUGAUUAUCAUGGAAGACGAGUUGCAUUUUCAAAAGGUCCUAUUGCAGGCCUUUUAAUGGGUUUAGGACAACUGCAAUGUUCUAAAAUAGUACUGAAAAAAAUAAUACACAGGCGCGGUCUUUUGGGUUUUGAAAAACUUAUUUGCUUUAUGUGUAAGGAAUGGUUAAAGGAUAUAAAAAGAAAUCAGCUCCCAAAAAUAUUAAGUGGGGUGGGACCGACUUAUGCCUUCGUGCAGCUCUUUCAAGGUAUUUAUGAUCUGAUUUGGUUGCCUAUUGAACAUUACCAAAAGGAUGGAAGAGUAAUUAGAGGUAUUCAACUUGGUGCUCAAAGUUUUAGUGCAAGAACUAUAUUAGCCGCACUAGAAUUAACUUCCCGCAUAAUUCAAUUACUGCAGUUUACGGCAGAAACAGCAUUCGAUAUCGUUUCUCCCGGACCUUCAAUAAGACGUUUGAAAAAAUUUAAAAAGGAUAAAAAAAGACGUUUGAAACGCCCUAAAGACAUAUGCGAAGGAGUCGUGAAUGCUUAUCAAAUAGUCAAAGAUGGAAUAAACGAUUCAGCAAGCAAUCUAAUUGAAACUGCGAUGACGGAACAUGAUCAGAAAGGAAUUACUGGGGCUGUGGGUGCAGUUAUACGUCAAGUUCCACAACUUGUUGUAUGCCCAGCCGUUUUAGCCACGCAGGCGACGACAAACAUCUUAGGCGGCGUAAAGAGCUCUCUAGUACCUGAAGCAAAUAUUGAAAACAAAGAGAAAUGGAAAGAUGACAAUUAUUAAUAAAAUGAGAAAUAUAUA